ACCUGGGUUGGGUGGACGCACCUAACAGAUUUUGAGCGCCACACGAGUGGACGCUGGUUUUUUUUUUUUUUCUUUUCUUUUCCCUUUGCAUCUGUUUUGCUUUCGCUUCGCUAAUACAGCCCGACAGGCUUUUGAUAGAGCUCGAUCGGAAUGCUCAGAGGAGCCCGGAGCCACUGCCGAUUGUGGGUCUCCGGAGGACCCUCAGGGCUCUAAUUCUGAUUCUGAUUCGGAAGGUUCAGAAGAGGAGGUUGUCUUCGCUAAACAGGACCCUCCUGCACAGCUUAAAGAGGAAUUCAGGGCUCGGGAAGAUAAAAAGGGGAACCAAACACCCACGAUCACCCCCUUCAGGGCGCCAGGCCCCACUAAGCCCUUCCGCCCUUUGGCAAGUUCGCGACCCAUGGUCGCUCCCUUCAGGGCUCCAGGCCCCACUGCACCGCCGUGGCCGGAAGAGGAGUUGCUCCCUGGGCUGCCACCACAACCUAUGGCACCGCCCUGGUUAGAGGGAGAGCUACUUCCUGGGUUGCCUUCUGCGCCCCCAUCUGGGGAGGGAGGAGGACGUUCCUUCCACCAGAGGGUAUGGUCGCGGCUUCCCUUUGAGUGUUCCGGUCUCCAUGCAUUCCCGGUACAAGUAGGAGGCAGGGGAGGAGGAGGAUAUUAUGAGCCCUUAGAAAUUAAACAACUUAAAGCUAUCAAGGACGCAGUUUCAGCUUAUGGGCCCAAUGCGCCAUUUACCAUGGCGCUUUUAGAGGCAUUGGCAGGUCUGCUUUUAACUCCUGGAGAUUGGACCCAGCUGGCACGCGCCUGCCUCUCCCCCGGAUUCUGUGUAGAGCAGGCGGCAGCCAACAGGGAAAAUAACCAGAGAGAGUGGAACAGGGAUAUGCUAUUAGGGCGAGGAACCUUUGAGGAAGAUCAAACUCAAUACCCUCGCCAGGUUUAUGAACAAAUUAGCCGCUGUGGCCUCCAGGCCUGGAGACGGCUGGCUGGAAAGGGAGAAAGGGCCACCCAUGCUAUUAAUCAUUGUCUUGCAGCCUGGGCUGCUUGGGGAAAGCCCAAUAUAUUAAAAACAGACAAUGGUCCUGCUUACACCAGCAAAACUUUUGUAACAUUCUGUCAACAAAUGGAUGUUGUCCUUAAGCAUGGCAUUCCAUAUAACCCUCAAGGACAAGGCAUCAUUGAACGGGCACAUCGGACACUCAAGGGUGUCUUACAAAAGCAAAAAGAGGGGAUAGGCCACGGCCUAACGCCCAAAGGAAGAAUAUCAUUGGCACUCUUUACCAUAUCAUUCCCCUGCCAUGGAGCACAAUAACCCGUCCCCGGCCGACAAAGGGCUGGUGAGAUGGAAAGAUGUCCUUACAGGACAAUGGAUGGGCCCGGAUCCAGUGGUUAGUUGGACCCGAGGUGUGGUUUGUGUCUUCCCACAGGAACCAGGCUGCGAACCGCUGUGGGUCCCGGAAAGAUUGACGCGAGCAGUAAACUCCCCACCAGUUCCUGAUAAAGCACAGGAAGAUAAGCCCGCGGACACAAGUCAACUCGACCCUUCUGGGACCGACGCUCAGCGCCCGAGACCAUCUACAAACUAAAAUGUCUGGUUUGGAGCUUUUUCUAUUCUGUGGGUUCCUAUUAAUCACCCCUGUGAUAUGCUCAGAUUCCACAGAACCACCACAAUAUCUUUGGGGUCCUUGGCACCACCUGCCCACAUUGGCACCUUUUUCGGCGGCCUCGCCCGCCUCACCCAGGGUUUACACCAUCAAUCAAACAGUCCUUGAUUAUGACCCACCCGCUUAACUCCGGUCGACCCUCCAUUUCUCUUCCUUCUGUCCCACGAUUACCUCUUUUUGGAUCCUAAUUGCCAUGGCUAUCCUAGUAGGGCUUGUGGUUAUUAAAUGCUUGUUAGAUCGCCUCAUACAAACUCAGCAGCAGGUUAAGAUCACAGCUAUGGCAGCCAUGCAAAUGGCAGCAGGUGGCCCAUCAGGCCAGCAGGCCGCCGCAUAUCUCCUUCACAUUGCAGAACAUCAGCUAUAAGAGCUGAGUGGGCAAGCCAAUGACGGGUAAGACGGGAAAAGCCCUCCCGGUCAACCUAAGACAGGCUCCACUCAGAUAUACAUGGCCUGUAAGGCCAGGGGUCCCUCCUGGAGUCAAAUUAUGGGCAUUGAGAUGCGAGACCAAGGGUACUGCAGUGCCAUCCGCCUCAAAGGUUGGGAGGAAGGCAGGAAUGAAUGUCUAUAUGCAUCCAGGUUCGGUUCACAAAAGCCUGGCCCUGCGAAAAAAUGAACCACUCACCUUGAGCAUGGUCCUGGCGCAAGGAUAUGCACAAAACAGGGUGAUGCACAGCAGGGUAUAGACCUCUACAUUCUCUCAUGCCUCGGCCUACAAGGUAGGCCCACUCCUAGGUGUCUAACAGCAACAAGGUCAUAGACACCUUGGAGGGACCCACAGACCAUCCUAUUUUAAUAAAUAAAAAAGGGGGAGAUGUGGGAAGCCGCCUAUGAUGGCGCCCAUUUCCUGCUUCCGGGUUCUUCCCGGCCUGAACAAGCCCGCCAAAUUGUCAUAUCUGCCCAGUUACCCGUGACGCUAGCCUAUCAGCUUGUUAGACGCACUUCUCUGUGAUUGGAUACUGCUUCCCCUUAUAAGAGGUUGUUCCUGCCCCCAACGGCGGAAGAGGAAUCAACACUGAGGGUGGCGGACCUUGUCAGGUCCGGUUCGCUGUAUGUAAUAAAGUUUGAGAGCUGAUCCUGCUCGAGUCUGGCCUCCUGUCUCCCGCGGCUCCGGUCAUCUGGUGGCCCCCGUACGGGGAAUAAAAGACUCAGCGACGUGCCUCUUCGGCCGGGAGGUGCGAUUGCUGUCGCCUGCGGUACGACGGAGGACCUGGCCCAAUAACAACGGAAGGCCGCGAGCGCCUCUUCUCUUCACCCUGAUCAGCUACGUGAGAUACAGCGGUUCCCGGGACAGGAACCAGGCUGCGAACCGCUGUGGGUCCCGGAAAGAUUGACGCGAGCAGUAAACUCCCCACCAGUUCCUGAUAAAGCACAGGAAGAUAAGCCCGCGGACACAAGUCAACUCGACCCUUCUGGGACCGACGCUCAGCGCCCGAGACCAUCUACAAACUAAAAUGUCUGGUUUGGAGCUUUUUCUAUUCUGUGGGUUCCUAUUAAUCACCCCUGUGAUAUGCUCAGAUUCCACAGAACCACCACAAUAUCUUUGGGGUCCUUGGCACCACCUGCCCACAUUGGCACCUUUUUCGGCGGCCUCGCCCGCCUCACCCAGGGUUUACACCAUCAAUCAAACAGUCCUUGAUUAUGACCCACCCGCUUAACUCCGGUCGACCCUCCAUUUCUCUUCCUUCUGUCCCACGAUUACCUCUUUUUGGAUCCUAAUUGCCAUGGCUAUCCUAGUAGGGCUUGUGGUUAUUAAAUGCUUGUUAGAUCGCCUCAUACAAACUCAGCAGCAGGUUAAGAUCACAGCUAUGGCAGCCAUGCAAAUGGCAGCAGGUGGCCCAUCAGGCCAGCAGGCCGCCGCAUAUCUCCUUCACAUUGCAGAACAUCAGCUAUAAGAGCUGAGUGGGCAAGCCAAUGACGGGUAAGACGGGAAAAGCCCUCCCGGUCAACCUAAGACAGGCUCCACUCAGAUAUACAUGGCCUGUAAGGCCAGGGGUCCCUCCUGGAGCCAAAUUAUGGGCAUUGAGAUGCGAGACCAAGGGUACUGCAGUGCCAUCCGCCUCAAAGGUUGGGAGGAAGGCAGGAAUGAAUGUCUAUAUGCAUCCAGGUUCGGUUCACAAAAGCCUGGCCCUGCGAAAAAAUGAACCACUCACCUUGAGCAUGGUCCUGGCGCAAGGAUAUGCACAAAACAGGGUGAUGCACAGCAGGGUAUAGACCUCUACAUUCUCUCAUGCCUCGGCCUACAAGGUAGGCCCACUCCUAGGUGUCUAACAGCAACAAGGUCAUAGACACCUUGGAGGGACCCACAGACCAUCCUAUUUUAAUAAAUAAAAAAGGGGGAGAUGUGGGAAGCCGCCUAUGAUGGCGCCCAUUUCCUGCUUCCGGGUUCUUCCCGGCCUGAACAAGCCCGCCAAAUUGUCAUAUCUGCCCAGUUACCCGUGACGCUAGCCUAUCAGCUUGUUAGACGCACUUCUCUGUGAUUGGAUACUGCUUCCCCUUAUAAGAGGUUGUUCCUGCCCCCAACGGCGGAAGAGGAAUCAACACUGAGGGUGGCGGACCUUGUCAGGUCCGGUUCGCUGUAUGUAAUAAAGUUUGAGAGCUGAUCCUGCUCGAGUCUGGCCUCCUGUCUCCCGCGGCUCCGGUCAUCUGGUGGCCCCCGUACGGGGAAUAAAAGACUCAGCGACGUGCCUCUUCGGCCGGGAGGUGCGAUUGCUGUCGCCUGCGGUACGACGGAGGACCUGGCCCAAUAACAACGGAAGGCCGCGAGCGCCUCUUCUCUUCACCCUGAUCAGCUACGUGAGAUACAGCGGUUCCCGGGACAGGAACCAGGCUGCGAACCGCUGUGGGUCCCGGAAAGAUUGACGCGAGCAGUAAACUCCCCACCAGUUCCUGAUAAAGCACAGGAAGAUAAGCCCGCGGACACAAGUCAACUCGACCCUUCUGGGACCGACGCUCAGCGCCCGAGACCAUCUACAAACUAAAAUGUCUGGUUUGGAGCUUUUUCUAUUCUGUGGGUUCCUAUUAAUCACCCCUGUGAUAUGCUCAGAUUCCACAGAACCACCACAAUAUCUUUGGGGUCCUUGGCACCACCUGCCCACAUUGGCACCUUUUUCGGCGGCCUCGCCCGCCUCACCCAGGGUUUACACCAUCAAUCAAACAGUCCUUGAUUAUGACCCACCCGCUUAACUCCGGUCGACCCUCCAUUUCUCUUCCUUCUGUCCCACGAUUACCUCUUUUUGGAUCCUAAUUGCCAUGGCUAUCCUAGUAGGGCUUGUGGUUAUUAAAUGCUUGUUAGAUCGCCUCAUACAAACUCAGCAGCAGGUUAAGAUCACAGCUAUGGCAGCCAUGCAAAUGGCAGCAGGUGGCCCAUCAGGCCAGCAGGCCGCCGCAUAUCUCCUUCACAUUGCAGAACAUCAGCUAUAAGAGCUGAGUGGGCAAGCCAAUGACGGGUAAGACGGGAAAAGCCCUCCCGGUCAACCUAAGACAGGCUCCACUCAGAUAUACAUGGCCUGUAAGGCCAGGGGUCCCUCCUGGAGCCAAAUUAUGGGCAUUGAGAUGCGAGACCAAGGGUACUGCAGUGCCAUCCGCCUCAAAGGUUGGGAGGAAGGCAGGAAUGAAUGUCUAUAUGCAUCCAGGUUCGGUUCACAAAAGCCUGGCCCUGCGAAAAAAUGAACCACUCACCUUGAGCAUGGUCCUGGCGCAAGGAUAUGCACAAAACAGGGUGAUGCACAGCAGGGUAUAGACCUCUACAUUCUCUCAUGCCUCGGCCUACAAGGUAGGCCCACUCCUAGGUGUCUAACAGCAACAAGGUCAUAGACACCUUGGAGGGACCCACAGACCAUCCUAUUUUAAUAAAUAAAAAAGGGGGAGAUGUGGGAAGCCGCCUAUGAUGGCGCCCAUUUCCUGCUUCCGGGUUCUUCCCGGCCUGAACAAGCCCGCCAAAUUGUCAUAUCUGCCCAGUUACCCGUGACGCUAGCCUAUCAGCUUGUUAGACGCACUUCUCUGUGAUUGGAUACUGCUUCCCCUUAUAAGAGGUUGUUCCUGCCCCCAACGGCGGAAGAGGAAUCAACACUGAGGGUGGCGGACCUUGUCAGGUCCGGUUCGCUGUAUGUAAUAAAGUUUGAGAGCUGAUCCUGCUCGAGUCUGGCCUCCUGUCUCCCGCGGCUCCGGUCAUCUGGUGGCCCCCGUACGGGGAAUAAAAGACUCAGCGACGUGCCUCUUCGGCCGGGAGGUGCGAUUGCUGUCGCCUGCGGUACGACGGAGGACCUGGCCCAAUAACAACGGAAGGCCGCGAGCGCCUCUUCUCUUCACCCUGAUCAGCUACGUGAGAUACAGCGGUUCCCGGGACAGGAACCAGGCUGCGAACCGCUGUGGGUCCCGGAAAGAUUGACGCGAGCAGUAAACUCCCCACCAGUUCCUGAUAAAGCACAGGAAGAUAAGCCCGCGGACACAAGUCAACUCGACCCUUCUGGGACCGACGCUCAGCGCCCGAGACCAUCUACAAACUAAAAUGUCUGGUUUGGAGCUUUUUCUAUUCUGUGGGUUCCUAUUAAUCACCCCUGUGAUAUGCUCAGAUUCCACAGAACCACCACAAUAUCUUUGGGGUCCUUGGCACCACCUGCCCACAUUGGCACCUUUUUCGGCGGCCUCGCCCGCCUCACCCAGGGUUUACACCAUCAAUCAAACAGUCCUUGAUUAUGACCCACCCGCUUAACUCCGGUCGACCCUCCAUUUCUCUUCCUUCUGUCCCACGAUUACCUCUUUUUGGAUCCUAAUUGCCAUGGCUAUCCUAGUAGGGCUUGUGGUUAUUAAAUGCUUGUUAGAUCGCCUCAUACAAACUCAGCAGCAGGUUAAGAUCACAGCUAUGGCAGCCAUGCAAAUGGCAGCAGGUGGCCCAUCAGGCCAGCAGGCCGCCGCAUAUCUCCUUCACAUUGCAGAACAUCAGCUAUAAGAGCUGAGUGGGCAAGCCAAUGACGGGUAAGACGGGAAAAGCCCUCCCGGUCAACCUAAGACAGGCUCCACUCAGAUAUACAUGGCCUGUAAGGCCAGGGGUCCCUCCUGGAGCCAAAUUAUGGGCAUUGAGAUGCGAGACCAAGGGUACUGCAGUGCCAUCCGCCUCAAAGGUUGGGAGGAAGGCAGGAAUGAAUGUCUAUAUGCAUCCAGGUUCGGUUCACAAAAGCCUGGCCCUGCGAAAAAAUGAACCACUCACCUUGAGCAUGGUCCUGGCGCAAGGAUAUGCACAAAACAGGGUGAUGCACAGCAGGGUAUAGACCUCUACAUUCUCUCAUGCCUCGGCCUACAAGGUAGGCCCACUCCUAGGUGUCUAACAGCAACAAGGUCAUAGACACCUUGGAGGGACCCACAGACCAUCCUAUUUUAAUAAAUAAAAAAGGGGGAGAUGUGGGAAGCCGCCUAUGAUGGCGCCCAUUUCCUGCUUCCGGGUUCUUCCCGGCCUGAACAAGCCCGCCAAAUUGUCAUAUCUGCCCAGUUACCCGUGACGCUAGCCUAUCAGCUUGUUAGACGCACUUCUCUGUGAUUGGAUACUGCUUCCCCUUAUAAGAGGUUGUUCCUGCCCCCAACGGCGGAAGAGGAAUCAACACUGAGGGUGGCGGACCUUGUCAGGUCCGGUUCGCUGUAUGUAAUAAAGUUUGAGAGCUGAUCCUGCUCGAGUCUGGCCUCCUGUCUCCCGCGGCUCCGGUCAUCUGGUGGCCCCCGUACGGGGAAUAAAAGACUCAGCGACGUGCCUCUUCGGCCGGGAGGUGCGAUUGCUGUCGCCUGCGGUACGACGGAGGACCUGGCCCAAUAACAACGGAAGGCCGCGAGCGCCUCUUCUCUUCACCCUGAUCAGCUACGUGAGAUACAGCGGUUCCCGGGACAGGAACCAGGCUGCGAACCGCUGUGGGUCCCGGAAAGAUUGACGCGAGCAGUAAACUCCCCACCAGUUCCUGAUAAAGCACAGGAAGAUAAGCCCGCGGACACAAGUCAACUCGACCCUUCUGGGACCGACGCUCAGCGCCCGAGACCAUCUACAAACUAAAAUGUCUGGUUUGGAGCUUUUUCUAUUCUGUGGGUUCCUAUUAAUCACCCCUGUGAUAUGCUCAGAUUCCACAGAACCACCACAAUAUCUUUGGGGUCCUUGGCACCACCUGCCCACAUUGGCACCUUUUUCGGCGGCCUCGCCCGCCUCACCCAGGGUUUACACCAUCAAUCAAACAGUCCUUGAUUAUGACCCACCCGCUUAACUCCGGUCGACCCUCCAUUUCUCUUCCUUCUGUCCCACGAUUACCUCUUUUUGGAUCCUAAUUGCCAUGGCUAUCCUAGUAGGGCUUGUGGUUAUUAAAUGCUUGUUAGAUCGCCUCAUACAAACUCAGCAGCAGGUUAAGAUCACAGCUAUGGCAGCCAUGCAAAUGGCAGCAGGUGGCCCAUCAGGCCAGCAGGCCGCCGCAUAUCUCCUUCACAUUGCAGAACAUCAGCUAUAAGAGCUGAGUGGGCAAGCCAAUGACGGGUAAGACGGGAAAAGCCCUCCCGGUCAACCUAAGACAGGCUCCACUCAGAUAUACAUGGCCUGUAAGGCCAGGGGUCCCUCCUGGAGCCAAAUUAUGGGCAUUGAGAUGCGAGACCAAGGGUACUGCAGUGCCAUCCGCCUCAAAGGUUGGGAGGAAGGCAGGAAUGAAUGUCUAUAUGCAUCCAGGUUCGGUUCACAAAAGCCUGGCCCUGCGAAAAAAUGAACCACUCACCUUGAGCAUGGUCCUGGCGCAAGGAUAUGCACAAAACAGGGUGAUGCACAGCAGGGUAUAGACCUCUACAUUCUCUCAUGCCUCGGCCUACAAGGUAGGCCCACUCCUAGGUGUCUAACAGCAACAAGGUCAUAGACACCUUGGAGGGACCCACAGACCAUCCUAUUUUAAUAAAUAAAAAAGGGGGAGAUGUGGGAAGCCGCCUAUGAUGGCGCCCAUUUCCUGCUUCCGGGUUCUUCCCGGCCUGAACAAGCCCGCCAAAUUGUCAUAUCUGCCCAGUUACCCGUGACGCUAGCCUAUCAGCUUGUUAGACGCACUUCUCUGUGAUUGGAUACUGCUUCCCCUUAUAAGAGGUUGUUCCUGCCCCCAACGGCGGAAGAGGAAUCAACACCGAGGGUGGCGGACCUUGUCAGGUCCGGUUCGCUGUACGUAAUAAAGUUUGAGAGCUGA